UAUAUUUCCUGUUAAAUGUUGUUCUGUGUAAGAUUAACUGACUUUGUUUUUCUUAACUUAGAUCUGAAGAAAACUCUCGCCGUCCUACUAGACAACAUCCUGCAACGCAUUGGGAAGCUUGAGUCUAAAGUGGAGAACCUUGUAAUCAAUGGCACAGGUGCAAACUCCACAAAUAGUACCUCCACUGCUACUCCCAGUUCAGGAGCAGCUGAAAAACUCAAUGUUGCAGAUCUCAUUAAUGGAGCCCAGGAACAGUGUGAAUUGCCUCCCAUGGAUGGCUUCCCCCACUGCGAGGGCAAAAUAAAAUGGAUGAAAGAUAUGUGGCGAUCUGAUCCUUGUUACGCAAGUUACGGUGUGGAUGGAUCCACAUGCUCCUUCUUUAUUUACCUCAGUGAGGUCAGUAAAUUUGUAUUGUGACUGAUAUGUAGAGCUGUUGGAAAAUCCCAAUGACUGACUGGAUUUUAAAAUAAAAUUUCAAGCAUUAAUCGUUUAGCACAAUAAAUAAUAAUUAACGCUAACCACAAUUUAACCUCAUAGGCCCCAUGAUAGUGGGGAGAGGCAAAGUGGCUCGGUCCAGAGUUUUUUAGUAACCUUUAACUGCGAUUUAGAUCGGUGGGCAAAAAAGUAAUUAGUCUUGCCCUUUGAUAUGCACACUGUAUUGUUCUUAUCAUAGUCUGCAUAAUUAUGACCAAUAGGUUUCGUUUUUCCUGCAGUAUGUUACCGUUUGUACUUUAUAACACUUGUAAGAUGGAAAAUGUCCCCCCCCCCUUUAUUUCUCUCUGGUAUAACUCCCUACAUAUUCAAAGUACAGGCUGACUAUGAGUUAUCCUGGGUGAACUCUUAAAUUUUGUUGCACUUUAAAGAUUUGUUCCCUUUUAAGGAAGGUCUUUCCUUAAUAGAAUUUAACUGUCUUUGAAUCAUCAGCAUUUCCUGCUGAUGUAGCUAAUGAAGAACAUAGAAUUCUUCUUUUAAAUUAUUAAAAUGCUAUGUGCAUACUGUGUGUCAUAGUACUUCUCCUCCCCCCAAAAAAAAUGGCAUAUUUAUUCUCUCAGCUUUCAAGAGGUAAUGAAAGGCCAAAACAUAUUCUUAGAGCAAGUUAGCUUGUUAAUAUCUCCCUCACCUCAGGAGGUAUCAUAGUGUUUCCUGGCAUGUGUCAGUGAGUAUUACUGGUAUCUUUUUAUAGACAUGCUAAUU